AUGUCAACAACUUGGGCUUCAUCAUCGUCCUACUGGUGCUACAGAUGCAACCGAUUCAUCAGAGUUCUCACCCAUCCUCAAGAUUCGUCCCUAAUUUGCCCCGAUUGCAACGGCGGAUUCAUAGAGGAGAUUGACAGCGCCCAACUCUCCGGAUCAAUGCUGUCGGAAUCUAUCCACCGGAGGUUUCCCGCCGCCGCUAUGUACACAUCCGAAAACGACCAAAGCCCCAACCCGAGUCUUAGCUCUAGUCCUUUCCCUAACCUCACCCCGCCGGUGCUUCAGCGGGCCAGAAGAAACACCGGUGAACGAUCUCCCUUCAACCCAGUCAUCGUCCUCCGUGGACCCACAAGCAAUUUGAGCACACCGGAAGCGUCUGAUGAAGCGACCACCGGAGCAGGUGGGUUUGAGUUGUACUACGACGACGGAGCUGGGUCUGGGUUGAGGCCAUUACCGGCAAGUAUGUCGGAGUUUUUAUUGGGCUCCGGUUUUGAUCGUUUUCUGGAUCAAUUAUCUCAAAUUGACGCUAACGGAUUUGGGAGAAUCAGCAACAAUCCACCCGCAUCAAAAUCCGCGAUUGAAUCAAUGCCAACAAUCGAAAUCCAAGAAAAUCACAUCUCCACUGAAUCCCAUUGUGCUGUAUGUAAAGAACCAUUUGAUUUAGGAACAGACGCUAAAGAAAUGCCGUGUAAGCAUAUAUACCAUCCAGAUUGCAUUCUUCCAUGGCUAGCUUUACGUAACUCCUGCCCUGUCUGCCGCCAUGAACUACCACCGGAUAAUCAAGAUUCUAUAGAAUCCAACAGAUCACAAAUCAAUGAUAAUCAUAAUAAUAAUAAUCAGUCGGAAGAAGCAGUUGGGUUGACAAUAUGGCGGCUCCCUGGUGGUGGGUUUGCUGUCGGGAGGUUUUCCGGUGGGAUGAGAGGAGGUAAUAGAGAAUUUCCGGUGGUUUUUACAGAGAUGGACGGUGGUUUCAACAACCACAACAACAAUGGUGGUGCCCCAAGGAGGAUUUCAUGGGCUUUAAGAGGUAACAACAAUGGGGGUAGAGAGAGUGGUAGAUUCCGGCGACUUUUGCAUAGUUUUUUUUCUUGUUUUAAUGGUGGUGGGAGGGCAAUAGGGUCAAGUUCUAUGUCAAAUUCUUCAUCGACUUCUUCAUGGCGACAUAGAGCUUUGGGAUUUGAUGCAAAUAAUGGGGUUUUGAGACGAUAA